AUGUGGCUUUACGGGUUUUAUGUUCUGUGGUCACUAAGUAGUUCGGUGAACACCAACCCGGAUGCAGGAUUUAGCUUCAAUUAUCCUAAUUUGAAAGAUGACGUCUACGAUCAGCCCGUUCAUUUCAUGAAUCCGAAGAAAAUUCCGCAUAUGAAGGGAGAUGGCAUACUAGAGAAAUCGGACAACUCAGGGAUGCCAUAUGACUGGCCUUCUCUGGACGCGUUCAUGAACAAUCAUAACGACGCCCGCGACCAUAACAGGAUCAAGAGAAAAGCUAAGAACACGAGAAAAUUCGGUACGCUAAACGGACCGAAGCUUCGAGAUCGUCCCAACCACUACCUCUACCCGGAUCCGGUGAAAGAUCGCAUACUCGAGUUCACAACCACUACGAAGAAACCAAGCAUCCUGCCGGACCAAAUGAACCCGGGCGUGAUAUUCCGCGUCCGGAUGUCGGACGCUAUACUCCGGAUCAAGCAGCGCAUGUACGAAGACCCAGAACGGCACAUCGAAUCCGAUAUAAUCUACACGAACUUAAUAAAGAAAGUAGUCAUGGAUGAGAUAACGAAAUUUCAUAAUUUGCUCCUAAUGUACAAAACUGACAGAAGCAUCAAAGAACAUUUGGGUGAAUGCGGUGGAAGAAUCUACAAGUUCAUCAGCUACAUGACGAUAAAAGUUCACAUCUACUGCCUCUUCGAUUCCCUCUGGAUCGAUGGGAACCCGUACGUCAUUGGUGACGAGUACACCGUGACUCCUGUGGAAGUUCCCCCGAUGCUACAAUGCGACGCAGCUGAGUGCAACUCGAUAGUUUUCGUCGAUUCAAUCACUGAACCUAAGGACAAGCACCGUGGACACGUGAACCGUCGUCGAAACCGACAUCGCAGUUCAACCGCACCCGCUAACGAGCUGAAAAACUCUUCAUCCACCGAAACACCAACGGCCAGACGCGUUGACAAUUCAGACGCCAAGCAGAUGCUCUCCAAGCGCAAACGUAGCAAGAAGAAAGACAGUUCCAACUAUGAUACCUAUCAAGCGCCAGUUAAGGGGUGGGAUUCACAUUUCGUUGAGAUGCCCAAGGACCUGUACCAAGCCCACUUGAGACCCGGCGUCAUAUUCAGGAUUCACAUGGCAGAAGCUAUACUAAAAAUGCAAUAUAGGAACUACGGCGAAGAUAAAGACGAAUCGGUGAUCGAAGCGGACGUGGAGUACCUGCGUCUGACACGAAAGGUGAUAAAUGACGAGAUCACCAAGUUCGAGGACCUGAAGUGGCUGGUGGGAUGGUUCGGGAACCGCUCCGAACUUAUCCAGGAGCACAUGUGCAACACGCGGUACUUCACUGUCGGAAUUCCAUCAACGAUGUUCACCCACCCAGAAGAGUACAUGAAGCGCGCCUGUUUAUUCGACAACGUGUACCUCGAUCACGUGCCAUACGUGGUAGGCGAGGACGGGUCGCUGAUGGCAGCUGUGGCGCCCCCCGUCCUGCAUUGUGAUGCUGCGACGUGCACAUCAGUACCGUUCAUAGACAGUAUGAUGUUCGAGGAGAAACUCGCACGUAGCAACGUGCGCACAGUGACACGUUGCCAAGCGAGCUGUCGAGCACACUGUCGCAACGACCCCGACUGCCUGAAGCGGUGUUCCGAUCGCUGCCUCCGAACUGAAUAA